AUGUUCUUCCAGCUAAAGUCCUUUGACGAAUCACUGACCGAUUCUGAAAUAUCAACACAAGCCGGAAUAUUACAAGGUGCGUUCACCGCGGCCCAAUUUGCUACCGCUGUCGCUUGGGGCCAAGUCGCAGAUGCGCAAUGGGGUGGCCGAAAGUUUGUGCUUCUGGUGGGAUUGUUAGGGACGGCGGUUUCGUGCUUGGGUGUCGCUUUCUCGACUUCAUUCGGUCAAGCCGUGUUCUGGCGAUUCUUUGGAGGAGCGAUCAAUGGGACAGUGGGCAUUAUUCGAACCAUGAUCUCGGAGAACGUCAAGGAGAAAAAGUAUCAUUCGCGAGCAUUUUUGAUAUUGCCCAUUGGCUUCAAUAUUGCAGCUCUGUUCGGACCAGUCAUGGGAGGUUGGCUGUCAAACCCCGUUGAGACAUAUCCGAAUAUCUUCGGAGGCCCUUCAGCAGUGAGAUGGCUCGUAAAAUAUCCAUAUGCGUUGCCCAUGGUGGCAAAUUUCUUUUUCAUGGUAUUUUGCGCCACGCUGGUAGCAAUUGGACUAGAAGAGACCCUAGAAUCUUGCAAGAAUAGACCCGGAUUGAGACUGUACAUGCUCAAACUUUUACAGCGUGCUCUUGGAUCUACAAACACACCUUCGCCUCAGCAGUAUACUAGCAUACCUAUACACAACCCCGAUGACGAGGAAGGACCUCUAUUGAACCAACAGGGAGAAGAAGGAGGUGUGGAUUUGGAAGACUCCCCGGUACCGGAAAAGUCUCGCCGAAUCCUACCAUUUAGGAGAAUUUGGACUAAGAAUGUCUUGUGUACCUUGUGUGCGCAAGCUUUCUUUGAUUUUCAAAUGGGCGCAUUUAACAACUUAUGGCUUCUCUUUCUCUCAACUCCUCGUUACGACUCAAACAACCCGAAUAGUCCUGCACGGCAUCUGCCAUUCAUCUUCACUGGGGGCUUAGGAAUGUCUCCACAAACAGUCGGACUCGCGACGUCUAUUCUAGGCGUCAUAGGCAUGAUCCUUCAGUUCACCAUCUAUCCCCGAAUCCAGAGUCGACUAGGCACGGCGAAAAGCUACCAAUACUUUCUUAUCAUGUUCCCUGCUGCUUAUGCCCUGGCGCCUUACAUUUCACUCAUCUCCUCAUCAUACGCAAGCCAAGCUCAAUCGAACGGAUUAUGGGUCUGGGUAUUCAUUAUCAUUACCCUCUUCUUCCAGGUUACCGCCCGUACAUUUACGCUACCUGCUUCGAUUAUUUUGCUGAACAACUGCUGUCCGCAUCCGUCGGUCUUGGGAACUGUUCACGGUAUUGGGCAAGCGACAUCAUCUGCUUUCCGAACAGUCGGACCCAUCGUUUCGGGCUGGUGGUAUGGACAUGGUCUUGAUAUUGGCGUCAUCGGAUUUUCUUGGUGGCUUGUUGCGCUUGUGUCCGUGCUGGGUGCUGUGGCAGCUAUAUUCGUUUACGAGGGUUCUGGGCAUGAGAUUUUUCUUCCGGGUGAAGAAGAUGUCGAGCUAAAGCAACACUAG